UUAACAAUCAAUUGUGUGUGUGCAUUUUGUCAAAAAUUAAACAUUAUUACAAUGAAGAUAAUUUACGGUACUAUUAUAGCAGCAGUUUUGCUUGCUAUUCCUUCAAAUGCUGAGCCACCACGACAAAGGCAGAAUCAAAGGCAGAAUAAUUUCUUUCAACGUCAAUUAACACCACCAGCUGCAUUUACACCUUCUGGAUGGCAACCGCAAAGAAAUUCUUUUAGUUUUCCAUCAGUAGGACAACGACAACAGCAACAGCCACAACCCCAACAACCACCACAAAAUUAUGGUCCACCACCCACUGCAUAUGGUCCUCCUUCUCCACAACCCGAAACUACCACAGAUAAUCAAGAUUAUACCAAUAUUAACAGUGAGGUUGAAAGUAUUCAAAGUGGUAACAAGAAAAAUGAAAAACAAAUCGAUAGCUCAUUAUUUAAAAACACUGAUCGUGGAUUUUACUACGUCUACUUACCAGAUGGACGUCUUCAACGAGUGGUUUAUAUGACUUCAGCCGAUUUACAAAAUAUGGCAUACACAGCACGUGUACAAUACGAAGAUGUUGAUCCUGUUGCUGCACCUAUUUAUUCCGCUGUAAAUAGAGUACCAGUAUUACCAGGAGAACGACUAAUUGUUCAAGAAAUAAACAAAGUACCAGUUUUACCAACAGAACGACUAAUUGUUCAAGAAAUAAAUGAAGUACCAGUAUUACCAGCAAAACGACUAAUUGUUCAAGAUAUUAAAUAAAACACUUGUAAAUUCAAUCUUAUAAUUACAA